AUGUAAGCGUGCGACAGAAGAUGAGGCAAAUGCGAGAGAAAAUUGGUGAAAGUGCAUAACAUAAGAAGACUUAAUAAGAAAAAAAUGACAUUAAAGUACUGCGGCGUCGAUGGUAUAUUGUAAAGUAGAUGUCAUUAAUCCGAAAACUCUAAUUUGCGCUGCUCUUUCUCUCUGCGUUUUUUCAAAUCAACGGCACCCGCAGCCUCCAUGCAUUGCUUAUUUGUAUUGCUUCAUGAAGCGAUGGAUUUGAGUUUUCGGAGGCAUACGAGAGGAGAGUGAGAAACGUCUCUGAGAACCUUAGAAAUCUGAGUUCUGUUAACAACAAGGGUUGUUUGGUGACGGGGAAUGUGAUAAUUUGAUGCUUUCACAGUCGUAGGUGACAGAUUGGUCCGAUCUGUGUUGUGGGUGACAGAUUGGUCCGAUCUGUGUCGUGGGUGACGGAUCUGGUCCGAUCUGUGCCGUAGGUGGUGGCGCGGUAGUGGUCUGCACGGUGACGUGGUGAUGAAUAGAAACGAUGACGGUGGAGAAGUUGAAGGAAGCCAUGGCUGUAAGACAAUGAACGUUCUCAUCUUCCUCAGUUUUUCUCAUUACGGAUAACCCGCAUUCAUUCGCAUUUGACCGUAUCCCCGAUAACAUAAACGGUCGGAUUGGGGUGGAUUGGUCUUGUUGACCCGAAUCUGCCCAACCCGACCGGUGUUCAGUCCUCCUUCUUUUCUCAGAUUUCGUCAUUUUCUUAUAUCUUCAAUCAAAAUCAAUUUUGUAUUCUGACCUAUACCUGUUGGCCAUGAAGCUCCCUCAGCGGUACUUGAUUGUUAUUUUGACCUUCAUAUGCACCUCGGUUUGCUACAUCGAACGAGUAGGGUUUUCCAUCAGUUACACAGUUGCUGCUGAUAGUGUUGGGGUGAAUCAAUCGAGCAAAGGUACAAUACUGUCCACCUUCUAUUACGGAUAUGCGUGUUCUCAGGUUCCCGGAGGAUGGGCAGCUCAGAGAAUCGGUGGCAGGAGGGUCCUGCUUCUUUCGUUUCUGUUGUGGUCACUGACUUGUGCACUUCUUCCUCUCGAUCCCAAUCGUGUUAUGCUUUUAGUCGUCGCUCGUUUGCUCGUUGGUGUAGCACAGGGUUUUAUUUUCCCUUCCAUUCAUACAGUUCUAGCACAGUGGGUUCCCCCUCAUGAGAGAUCUAGAUCCGUCUCUCUCACCACUUCUGGGAUGUAUCUGGGUGCAGCUCUCGGAAUGCUUCUUCUUCCUACCCUGGUUAAGUUCAAAGGUCCUCAAUCUGUGUUCCUUGCGGAGGCAGCAUUGGGUGCUUCAUGGUCUUUACUUUGGUUCAAAUACGCCACCGAUCCCAAAUCCACUGCUUCUGGUGUUGGGGAAUCGGUGUUACCCGUCAAUAAAAAAAUGGACUCUCACAACAAAAAGGUACUUUCAGCCAAAAUCCCCUGGGUCAAAAUUUUAACCAGCUUCCCUGUGUGGGCGAUCGUUGUCAAUAACUUCACCUUUCACUAUGCUUUAUAUGUGCUAAUGAACUGGCUCCCAACCUACUUUGAAUUGGGCCUUAAGCUUAGCCUGCAAGACAUGGGUUCCUCUAAAAUGUUGCCCUAUCUCAACAUGUUCCUGUUCUCCAACAUUGGCGGUGUUGUUGCCGACUACUUGAUCACCAGGAGAAUAUUAUCUGUCACUAAAACCAGGAAAUUCUUGAACACCGUAGGAUUCUUGGUUGCUUCUCUUGCCUUGGUGGUGAUUCCCAGUUUCAGAACUUCUGGUGGUGCUGUCUUCUGUUCUUCUGUGGCUCUUGGUUUCUUGGCACUUGGCAGAGCUGGGUUUGCGGUGAACCACAUGGAUGUUGCUCCGAGAUACGCUGGAAUAGUGAUGGGUGUUUCUAAUACUGCGGGUACUUUAGCUGGCAUUGUGGGCGUUGACCUUACUGGGAAACUUCUUGAAGCUGCUAAGGCUGCUAGUUCUGAUCUUUCAAGUCCAGAAAGCUGGAGAACAGUGUUUUUCAUUCCUGGAUUUUUAUGCAUUUUUAGUUCUUUUGUAUUUCUAAUAUUUUCAACAGGAGAGAGAAUUUUUGAUUGAAGUAGCCUUGUCAAUUUCAUGGCUUAGUUUAGUUCUAGUUUGCUUAUACUAGUUUAAUUGAUUGUUAGAUUCUCGUUGUUACAUGCUUUAGUGUAGAUUUGCUUUUCCAUUUUAAUUGUUGUUUUGAAGUUAUAUUAGAUAAUCACUUUGCUGUUUUUGGAGUAGUAUUUUAUCUGGCUCUUCUUAGUUACAUGUGAAUUCUAGUUUAGGUACAGCUGCUGUAUUAGAGUAGUUUUUUUUUUUUUUUUUAAUUCUGUUUUAACAUUCAUAUAGUCCGUAGCUUUUCUUAGUUCAAUUUGCUUCUUAAUUCUAGAAUUUAGAGAUAGAUACCCCUCUUGAAUUACUAACACAUAGGAUAGCAAGUUCAUUAAUACUUUUACAGUUUUAAGGGCAAUGAUUGUGGAGAAUAAAAGUUAAAAACAUCAGAGUUAGUUGUUGUCUUGCAUUUGGGUUGCAUAAGUGAGCUGUUGACAUGCUAGAAGCUGAACCACACUGCUGCCAAAAAGAGUUGUUGAACCAUAGUUUAGGAGCUACAAAGUGAGUGAUCAAACCAUGGGUGUUUUUCUGUGAUGCACUUCAUUUUAGUUGUAUUUUCAUUACUUUUCACCGAUUAAAUUCGUUGUUUCCACUGUAUAAACAUGUUUCCAUCUGAGUUCUUCCACUCGAUACAGAUUUUGCGCUUUAUUCACUCUUGAAUUGGUCAUAUUUCUGUAAAAUGCUGAAUCAUGGCGUAUGCACAGUCAAUGCUGUGAUUUGGUGAGCACAAAGUGGCUCUUAAACAUCAGAAACAUGAUUCAAUUCGAAUUUGAAUAGGUUCAGAACCUGCGUUGACAGUCUUUACGUUAAUUCCACUGUUGCGUUUGUUUUUAAUCAAAUUCCGUAAUUUCUGUGUGUGUUGCUGUAUAAACGUGGACUGAUUCAGGAUUGAUAUGGUCUCCUGAUAAGAUGAAACUUGCCAUCUAGUUGUAUGGCUUUUUCUUUUAAUCAAAGUAAUGCCAUAAGAUCUUGAUUUUCUUGCAUUGAAUUUUAACAUUGUUAUUCACUCGGAAAUCUGAUUUCAUAUAGAUUUUUUCUCGUUCGCAAUGAGCUUUGCCUAGAUGAUAGGUUGCGAUCUGUGAAUCACUAAUUGGAAGUCUUAUCUCUCCAUUAUUGGUAUUAAUGUACUCUUCUCUGAUAUGCCCUCUUUAGAUCACUGCUUCAGAUCCUUUAUCAAAAGGCAAACAUAUUGAUGUAUUGCACAGGAGGGAUUCGAUGUGAUGUAUAUUCUACAAUACUAAGGAGGCAGGGAUUUCAGAAUCUAUAUACCCUGAAUGGAGGUGUUUCUCACUAUUUAAAGAACGAAGGUGCUGCUGAAUGGGUGGGAAAUUUAUUUGUAUUUGACUCCCGUUUGUCUCUCCCUCCUUCUGUUUACUAUACUGGGAGCAGAAUUAACUCCAGUUUCUGGAGAUGAUAUUAACCAUGUAAACCAGUUACCAUUUGAAGUGAUAAAAUUCAUGUAGAGUAUGUAUGUUGUGUAGACCUUGUUUUUUUACAGUGUCCCGUGUAAACUUGAAAUUGGCUUUAUUAGAAUCUGCUAUCAUAUUAUGUUCCACCUUAUAUACACCUACAAAAAUUAUACACUA